AUGUCGUCCCGCGCCCGCGCGUCGGACGGCCCGAGCGCGGACGCGUCGGCGGACGUCCCGACGGGCCCCGACAGCGAGGACGAGUGCUCGAACGACUCCACGGGAGCGAUCUCGCCCGCGAGCGCCGACGCGGGCGCCGACGCGGGGGCGAUCGGAGGCUCGAGCGACGCGAGCGACGGCGCGAAGGGCGACUCGAGCGAUGGGAAAUCGAGCGCGAAAAAAGACGCGUCGGGUGGGCGAAGUGGCAGCCGCGGAGACGCCGUGGCGGGUCAAGGGGAUGGCACUUUGAGCGUCACCCCGGACUCGCCCGCGGAUUCGGAGUGGCGAGCGAGACGAGGGCCUUUGGACGUCAGCGACGGCGGACCGUGGGCGAGCGAGGACGAUGCGGGCCCGCAACCGAUGAAUAUGUACGGGAAAUUCACGUGGAAGAUAGAAAACUUCAGCGAGAUCAGUAAGCGGGAGCUGAGAUCGAACGUGUUCGAGGUCGGCGGAUACAAGUGGUAUAUUUUGGUCUACCCCCAAGGAUGCGAUGUGAGCAACCACUUGUCGCUGUUCCUGUGCGUCGCCGAUUACGACAAGCUUCUUCCGGGAUGGAGUCAUUUCGCGCAGUUCACGAUCGCGGUCGUUAACAAGGAUCCUAAAAAGUCGAAGUAUAGCGACACGCUGCAUCGCUUCUGCAAGAAAGAGCACGACUGGGGCUGGAAGAAGUUCAUGGAGCUCACCAAGGUUCUCGACGGGUUCACCGUUUCGGACACGCUCGUUAUCAAGGCGCAGGUUCAGGUGAUUCAUGAGAAGGUCGCGAGACCGUUCAGAUGCUUGGAUCCGCAGUACAGGAGAGAACUUGUUCGGGUUUACCUUACGAACGUCGAGGGCAUUUGCCGACGAUUUUUAGACGAAAAACGCGAAAAGCUGAUGACCAUGCGUGCCGAUAAGGAACAGUGGUCCAACCUCCGUCAGUUCUGGAAUUCGCGCGAGGGCAAGGAGAAGGCUGAAAUCACGAUGGAAAAGGCUGACGUGCUCUUGAAGGGAAUCGUCAAGCGCUUCUUCAACGAAAAGGAAGUCACGUCGACGCUCGUCAUGGAUGCGCUUUACUGCGGCUGCCGCGCUCUGGAUAUCGCGGACGAAGACCUGGAGACCAAGGCGACCUCAGUUGGCACCUCCGACAAGUGCUCGGUCGCGAUGAGCGUGGUGCAAAACAAGGCUGUUUUGACUGGUGACUUCGUGUCCGCACUCGAGCGCGCCGCGGACGGCACUGCUUUCGACACUGACGACGAGGAUAAGAAGUCCGUAUCGGACGAUUUGUCCGCCACUGACGCCGUUGAGCGCGACGAAAAACGCCUAGCUGAGCUUGGCCAGCGUACCAUUGAGAUGUACGUGCUCUCUCACGUGUUUGUGAAUCGCGUGGAGAUCGCGUUCCGCGAAGCCGAGGCGCUGAUGCGGCAAGAAGCUCUCAUUCGGGAGGAGGAAGAAGCCGAACGCCUGGCGCAGGAGCUCGAAGGCGCGAAGAAGAGCAAAAAGCAGAAGCAGAAGGAACGUCAAAGGCAGAAGAAGGCGCUCGAAGAUGCCGAGAAGGCUGCGCAAGAGGCUGAAGAGCAACGCAUUCGUGAAGAGGCUGAAGCCGCAAAAGAAGCCGAGCGCGCCGCCAAGGCGGCUGCCAAGGCGGCCGCGCUGGCUGAAGAGCGCGCGAAGGAAGAAGCCGAGAGAGCAGUCAAGGCUAAGGCUGAAGCCGAGGCACGCGCCGAGCGCGAGGCGAAGGCGGCGGCGAAGGCUGCCGAGAAGGCGAAGCGCGAAGCCGAGGAGAAGGCCAAGAGAGACAUGGAGGAGACGGCAAAGAGGGCGAAGGAGGAAGCGGAGGCGAAAGCCGCGGCCGAGGCCGCGGCGAAGGCGAUCCCUGCCCCCAAGCCAGAAAGCCCGUCCACGCCCACUCGCGUCAGGUCGACGACGCAAGUGUCUUCGCCGUCCAAGGUGAUCCCUGCGCCGCUCUCCAACGAAGUGAGCACGCUGCGCUCGCGAAUCUCUCAACUUGAGCUUCAGCUGGAGGAGAAGACGAACGAGUGUGUGCAGCUCACGAACGAUCUGGACAAGGCGAAGGAUAUCAUUUUACAGCUUCGAAGCGAGAUGGUUUCCGUCGGCAUGUCGUCUCAGAAGGUAUCCACGACGCAGCACGGCCUCGGAGACGUCACGCGCACGGCGCAAUCGGCCUCGGCCAUGCUCGGCGAUACCACCAACCUCGUCCGCAUGGGUUCGAGCACGAGUCUUUUGUCCAACGGUGGUCCGAAUGGCAGCGUCUCUUCGAGCAUGCAGCCGGUUUUGGCGAGCGCGAAAUCUCAACCUCCGCUUCCACCGGGACCGCCGCCUCCCUCGUCGAGCGACGCCGGCAUGCCCCCGCCGCCGCGCGGUCCGCCGCCGCCUGGAUCGGUGCGUAUGUCCGAACAAGCUCCGGCUUCGCCGCAACAUGGAAGCACGAGCGGAUUGCCACCCUCUUUCGCCGCCAUGGCGGCUCAAGGGUCACAGCGUCCUCCCGAACCUCCGUCUGCGCCGCCCGGAAUGAACGGAUAUGGCGCGCCGCCUGGUAUGGGUCAAGUGAACCCACUGGGCACGCCUCCCUCGAUGAAGAACAUGGCGCCGCCGCCGGGCAUGGGACAUCCUUCGACCUGGUCUCCAGGCAUCCAAGAGGAGUUCCCACACCUUGGCAUGAUCAGCGACUUGUUGGACUUUGACUAA